GAAGGAAAUGGCGGAUUCGAAACUAGUCAAGAAAAAAACUAAUAUCUAAUGAAUCUGGCGAUGGUGUGUGGAAAUUAACAAUCUUAAAAAAUGACGUAGGCGUAGUGUCGUCAGCAUAAAAAACGUUGACGAAGAUGUUCAUCUUUACAACUUUCAAUCUGUAUCUCCCAAACCCAUUAUUUCCCCUAAAUUUUCGACCCAGGAAGAAGAAAUCCCACCACAUCCUACCAUGCAAGUAUUCUUCAAUUUUCGAGGAGCCGAGCUGCGCAAUAGCGUUGUCGCUCACCUGGCGAAAGCCUUGAAGGAGAAUGGAGUCAAGGCCGCCUAUGUAGACGCUGGAGAUUCUAAAAACCCUAUUUUCUAUGAGAUGGAAGAGUCUAGAGUCGCUAUUGUAAUCUUCUCGAGAAGGUACACUGAAUCGGUAUGGUGCUUACAAGAACUGGUGAAGAUCAAAGAACGAGUUGAGCUAGGCAAACUCGUGGCCAUUCCCGUUUACUACAAGCUGGAUCCAUCCGAAGUGAAAGAGCUGGAGGGGGACUUUGGUUUAAACUUGUGGAAUGAUAUUAAGCGUACUUCUGAAUUCGGCAAGCUCGAGAAAUGGAAGGGAGCUUUGGAUUUCUUUUCGCAAAUGCGUGGGUUGGUGUUCAAUGAGAAGAGUAAUGAGAGGGACUUUGUCACUAGCACCACCAAGCAUUUGAUAAAUGUACUGAGCCGGAUAUCAGUGGAGCAAACAGAGAAGCCACGUAACUGGCUGAGCGAUCAGAAGCAUGGGGAUGCAUUUAUGAACUCUUCCAGAUCAGAUAAUCUGAAAGUGGUGGAUGUUGAAGAAGAUAGUAUUCUCUGCGAUACAAAGUCAGAUGGAAAUUCAAAAGAAGUUGAAAGUAUUCAACCUGAAGCAAAAUCACGAAAGGGCGACGAUUUCCUUGGUGAAGCAAACUUCGAUGCAACGUUUAAUUUACAGAACUGCGUUGAAAAUGAGAGAGUUGGUGACCCAAUCAGUGAAGGAAAGAAAGAAGAAAAUGUCAGCGAAAGCUCUACCACUGUGUCGUACCACAAACCUCAGCCAGAGCGUAAAGUGUUCAUCAAUUUCCGCGGAGACGACCUGCGCUAUGGCUUUGUCGGCCACCUCGUCACGGCAUUGAAAAUGGAUGGAGUCAACGUCGAUGUAUAUACAAACGAGACAAGAGGUAAAGAUCUUGGAAGCCUUUUUGAAAUGAUAGAGGAGUCACAGAUCGCACUCGUAAUCUUGUCAAGCAAAUACACUGAAUCGCAUUGGUGCUUGAAUGAGCUGGUGAAGAUCAAACAGCUCAUGGAAGAAGGCAAACUCGUAGUCGUUCCAAUUUUCUACAAGCUGGAGUCAUCAGAGGUUAAACAACUCAAGGGAGAUUUCGGUGCUAACUUUUGGAAUUUGUGGAGAAUUAGUCGGGAUGACCAUAUCAUUAAAUGGAAGGAAGCGUUGGAGCAUGUUGCGUCCAUGAAUGGCAUCAUAUAUUCGAAUGAGCACAGUUCUGAGAGCGAGUUUAUUACUAUCAGCGUCAAGAAAGUCCUAGAGAUAAUCUCGCUGCAGGAAGGCGAAAGUACUGAAUUGUCCACAGAAAGAGGAGAAACUCAUAAAAAUUAUCUUAACAAGCAACACCUCGUUGGAGUGGAGCAACGCAUAACGCAAUUAGAGGAGAAGUUAGAGUUUGAUAGCAACAAAACUCGGAUUGUUGGAGUUGUUGGGAUGCCUGGUAUUGGUAAAACCACUCUUGCAAUGACGUUGCAUGAAAAGUGGAACUGCAGGUUCCUACAUUGCGUGCCGCUUCUGGAUAUCCGUAAGAAGUCAGAGGACUAUGGGUCAGUGUGGCUACGAAAGACACUCCUGGAAGUGUUACUCGAGGGUAAGUUUCCAGAGAUAAGUGACAAGACAACACAUGAAUCCAUGAAAGAUAAACUGCUUCAGAAUAAAGUUUUUAUUGUUCUCGAUGAUGUGAGUGACAAAACACAAUUAGAGUUUCUCCUUGGUGACCUUGACUGGAUUAAGAAGGGAAGCAAGAUUGUUAUCACAACGUCUGACUAGUCAUUGGUUGAGGGAUUUGCUCAUGAUACUUAUGUGCUCCCGGAAUUGAACGACAGGGAGGCAUUUCAACUCUUUAAUUAUCAUGCCUUCGAUGAUAAAAUCGGUAGUCCCACCGGUACCUUCCUGAUGCUCUCUAGAAAGUUUGUAUAUUACGCUCGGGGACACCCAGUGGCUCUCAACUUAUUAGGUAGAGAACUUCAUGCACAAGAUAAGGCUCACUGGGAAUAUAAAUUGGAAGAACUGAAAAAAAGGUCCAGUGUGAUGUUACAAAAUGUCUGGAAAUUCUCUACUGAUCAACUUAAUGAGAGGCAGAAAGAUGUGUUUCUCGACAUUGUGUGUUUUUUCAAAUCCGAGGAUGAGUAUUUUGUUAGGAGUUUACUA